AUGGAGUCUAAAGCCGAUCUUAUCAAUACUUCCACCAUUCUUAGUGAAGAUCAUUCAUCUAUCUUGGACAUGGCAACCAGUUUCAAGCCCUCUGCAUGGAUGUCAAGCUGGGAGCUUUCAAAAGCUCGUGAAGAGCCAGUUGCUGUCAUUGGCGUCAAAGACUUGCAAUUGCAGGUCAUGGCCGGAGCCGAUGGGUGGACUGGAGAUUGGGUUGAGACUACUUGUCCACAACAACCAGCUCUCAUCUCGGUGUCCCUUGCUUUAAGACGACCUUUUAAGAAGGCAUCUGAAGAUGAUGACAUCGCAGGGGACACUAUUCAUUAUGGCCUCAUCAAAUCAGCAAUUAUCGAUGGUGUCAGGGCCUAUCAUGCAACAGGUAUAACACCUGACUCUGCAAGCGAACUCUCUAUGAAUUCAAUCUAUUCAUUCAUCGUUUCUGUUCUUGUUAGGCGUAGAAUUGCAGUAGGUAGAAACGUCAAUUGGUCCUCAAUCAGAAUCAUGCUUCCAAAAUCAUCUUUACGAGGAGCUGGUGCCAGUCUUACUACACAAACGAUUUUCAAAGAACCCUCGUUAGAGGAACAGGAAGCAGGCGUCUUGCGCAGCAUUGGUCAUAUCGGAGAAAGUAGUACCCUUCGACUGCAUAACCUUACAGUUCCCACCAUAAUAGGCUUGUUGCCAAAAGAGCGCACCAUGAAACAGAAUGUGGUUGCAAAUGUUGAGAUCGAUAGAUGGGUUGGCCAGGGAGAUCUUCAUUGGGAUAUACAACAGAUCGUUGUGAAGACGAUAGAAGAAUCGUCAUUCCAAACUUUGGAGGCACUGGCAGAGCGCAUAAGCAAAAACAUCAUUCGACAUUCUUUGAUUCCUACCAUCAUAAAGCAGGCCUCCACAAGAGAUAAUUGGGAUGAGCUUGCUGAUGAUCAUGAAGUCGUCCCAUGGGAGGAAACGCUUGUACCCAAAUUAUGUCCAAUUGUUAAGAUCAAGCUGGAAAAGCCAAGUAUAUACAUUGACACCACACCAGGUGUUGAAAUGAACAUGGACAUUCGACCUUCAUGUGACUCGCCAUACUUUUCUUUGUGGGAAGGGUACAAGAGGUUGCGCUUAUGUCCACGUCCACUCAUAGGUACGCUCAAGGACUGGAUUGCGCAGCAGCGCGAAGGAUCAAAGAACGGAACAUGGUCAAACGUAGUAGGUAUUAAUCGAAAUUUGGAUGUUCUCCAACCCGAUCUCGCCAGGACGCCCCAAGAUGCGGAAGAAAUCACUGCUCAGCCAGGAGAGCGCCCAGGAAAUCCAAAGGAUGGAGAAUAA